AUGUCUAGUCCCAAGAGUAACAAACCGAAGAUCGUCAACGGUCCUGGGGGUUAUAUACUACAGGACGUUCCUCAUCUCAUUGAUUAUCUUCCUGAUCUCCCUACGUAUCCGAAUCCAUUACAAGACAAUCCAGCUUACUCAGUUGCAGUGGCGGAGCAAUACUUUGUUGAUUCAGAUGAUAGUGUUCCUGAGAAGAUUGUAGUGCACAAGGAUGGUCCAAGAGGAAUCCAUUUCAGACGCGCCGGUCCACGCCAAAAGGUUUACUUCGACUCCGACGAAGUCCACGCUUGCAUUGUCACAUGCGGAGGUCUCUGUCCCGGUCUCAACACCGUCAUUAGAGAAAUCGUCAGCAGCUUAUCAUGCAUGUACGGUGUAAACAGAAUCCUCGGAAUCGAUGGUGGAUACAGAGGAUUCUACGCCAAGAACACUAUCCCCUUAGACUCCAAAGUCGUCAACGACAUCCACAAACGCGGAGGAACAAUCCUCGGGACCUCUCGAGGUGGACACGAUACCGCAAAGAUAGUUGAUAGCAUCCAAGACCGAGGAAUCAAUCAGGUUUACAUUAUUGGCGGAGACGGAACACAAAGAGGAGCUUCAGUAAUCUUUGAGGAGAUUAGAAGGCGUGGACUCAAAGUUGCUGUGGUUGGAAUACCGAAGACGAUUGAUGACGACAUACCGGUGAUUGAUAGAUCUUUUGGGUUUGAUACUGCUGUGGAGGAAGCUCAGCGAGCCAUCAACGCAGCACAUGUUGAAGCUGAGAGUAAUGAGAAUGGUAUUGGUUUUGUUAAGCUCAUGGGUCGUUACAGUGGAUUCAUAGCGAUGUAUGCUACAUUAGCAAGCAGAGAUGUGGAUUGCUGCUUGAUUCCGGAGUCACCGUUUUACCUUGAAGGAGAAGGUGGACUGUUGGAGUUUAUAGAGAGACGGCUUAAGGAGAAUGGUCACAUGGUGAUUGUUCUUGCUGAAGGAGCGGGACAAGAAUUGAUGUCCAAAAGCAUGGAGUCUAAUGCUCUUGAAGAUGCGUCUGGUAACAAGCUUCUUAAAGAUGUUGGCUUGUGGCUAUCACAAAGCAUCAAGGAUCAUUUCAAGAAGAAUAAGAUGGAGAUGAAUCUCAAAUACAUAGACCCUACAUACAUGAUCCGGGCUGUUCCGAGCAAUGCAUCAGACAAUGUUUACUGUUCACUUCUUGCUCAAAGUGCGGUUCACGGUGCAAUGGCUGGAUACACUGGCUACACAAGUGGUCUUGUCAAUGGAAGACAGACAUACAUCCCUUACUACAGAAUAACAGAGAAACAGAACCAUGUGGUGAUUACUGAUAGAAUGUGGGCAAGGCUGUUGUCUUCUACAAAUCAGCCAAGCUUCUUGGGCCCUAAGGAUAUACCUGAGGAGAAGAAAGAGCUUCCGGUGACGCCACUUCCUGACGGCGAAAAGUGUGACGCAGUUGUGGAUAUUCCUCCGGUGACUAAAGAGGUCACCAAGUGAAAGUAAAAAAAGCUUUCAGGUAUAUAUAUAUUCAGGCCUUCCUGGAAACGAAAGUGAAAUAAUUAUUUCUUGCGACGGUUUUGCUCUUCAGUGCGAAACACAACUUUUUAGUUUCUUUUAGAUGUUUAGUUUUGUAACAUAUUUUUGCACCUUUCAUAUCUUAUGGUUAUGAGUGAAUGAGGUAAUAUUUUUUGGUGUGAUGUACAAUACAAUU